CUCGUUUAAAAAAAAAAAAGUGAGAAGGGGAGGAAAAUAAUCCAGCUGGGGCAGAGAGGAGAGGAGAGGAGAGGAGAAGAAAGAGAAGUUGUUGUUGUUUCCCCCCCUUCACACUGACUGGAAUACUGAAGAGAAAAGGGUGAGGAAAAGGAAAAGUCCAGGGACGGAGGAGAAGAGAAAGAGGAGUGCGGGAUCGGUUCUCCUCCCGGUAUGGACGCUUUAAAAUCUGCAGGUCGGGCGAUAAUCCGGAGUCCCAGCAUCGCCAAGCAGUCAUGGGCUUCAGGAAAACAUCAGAAGCUCCCGGAGAACUGGACGGACACGCGCGAGACCCUGCUGGAGGGCAUGGUGUUCCAGCUGAAGUAUCUUGGCGUCACGCUGGUGGAGCAGCCGAAAGGAGAGGAGCUGUCAGCUGCUGCAGUCAAGAGGAUUGUUGCCACGGCCAAAGCCAGUGGGAAGAAGCUGCAGAAGGUCACGUUGAAGGUUUCUCCAAGAGGGAUCAUCCUGUACGACAGCGCCUCAAAUCAGCUGAUCGAGAACGUCUCCAUUUACAGGAUCUCUUACUGCACUGCUGAUAAGAUGCACGAUAAGGUGUUUGCCUACAUCGCUCAGAGCCAACGCAACGAGACACUUGAGUGUCAUGCCUUCCUCUGCACCAAAAAGAAAGUGGCACAGGCGGUGACUUUAACAGUAGCACAGGCCUUUAAAGUGGCCUUUGAGUUUUGGCAGAACACCAAGGAAGAAAAAGAGAAGCGGGUAAAACCCGACUCGGUUGGCCCAAGCAACCCUCAGUCACAGAAUUCAGAAAGUGUGGAAGAAGGAGAAGUGGCUACAGGGAAUCUACUAAACUUAGAGGAAGGUGCAGUUAUACACUCAGGACUUGACGAUGAUGUAGAUACAGCACAGAGCAUCAGCACGGAGAACAACAACACUGUUUGGGAGCUUGAUGAUGGUCUGGAUGAAGCCUUCUCAAGACUUGCUGAGUGUCGCGCUAACCCCCAGGUCCUGGACACUGGGCUAAACCCUCAGGACUACAAUGCUGACGAGUGCCUGUCAACCUGCAAUUGGGACAAAGCCGACAGCGAGGCCCCCGACGGCGAGGAUCCAUUCGGCUUCUGAAAGCGUGCGAAAGACGGCGGACAGAAAGGAGAAAAAGGGAAUGAGGACGAUCGGAUCAGUGAUAGACAGACGGGACUGGGUGGAAUCUAAACCGAUGCUGCGUCAUUGUCAGAAUACAAGAACUGCACAGACCAAAGCAAUAAUUGUAUUUUUUUUUCUUUUGUGAGUGGUAUUUGGCUUUAGUCUGCUUUUGUAUAAUGUUGCUUUCUGUUCCAGUAAGUUUUGUAUUUUUGAUUUCUCUUAUUUUUUUUUGUAUAAGCGAUAUGAAAUACAUGUAUGAUAAUUGCAUAAAUGAGAACUGUGUGUAAUAUUUUUGAGCGGUUCAGGUCAGCUUUGCGGUUUCGGUUAUGCAGUAUAACACUGUAAUGUUCUCUCAUUUAGAGAGAUUAACACCACUUGGGUUGUUAACGUUUUAAGGUAUCUGUGUACUAAGGGUGUAGAAAAGUGGUGUGUUUGAUAAACUGGUGAUCUGUUACAUGGGAAUACUUAAAAAAAAAAAAAUGUACGAUCCAACAUGUUGGCACUGCUUACAUAACAGGGUGCUGUUUUGCUAUUUUGCUGUUCAGGUUGGCAGUUUUUCCAGCUCUGGCCAAGCUUCAGCAUCUGACAACCAAAAAUAUGCGGCGAGAGUUUAUACAGAAGACAAUCAUUUCUUAUAUUUUCUAUUGGAUAUGUAUUUUUGUACUCCCUGCCAGAAACCUUAUUCAAAGCACAGUUUAAGUUCAGGGAAAUAACUUUUCAUGGCUAAAGAUUUGUGGCUUAUUCAUGUGUCCUUUGCCCAAAUUAAACAGUGAGGUCAUAUUCACUAUCAGAUCAUUACAGAAAGGUGUACGCUAUUCCCUGUGCAUAACUUUCCGACUAAUUAAUAAUGUUUCACUUGUUUGGUUUUACAUGCUUCUGCCCCAUUGGGUUUUGGGCAAUUUUAUGAAGUUUUUUUUUUCCCCUUUCUUUCUUCCCCUCCAGCUCACCUCUCAGUGUUAAACAUUGCAUUGUUUUGAUUGACCUUUUCUCAUUUCAGUGCACAGAUUUUUGACUGCAUCACAUAAUACCUUUUUGUAUUAAAGACCAUAAUCUACCAGUGA